GAGAGCGGCUGUCCGUGGUGCUGAUGGGAGGACUGACGCUCUCCAGCUCUGUGCAGCCGCUACUGCGCAUGUUGCAUGUCAGGUACACGCAAGCCUCCAUCUUGGGCAUCCCGAGCUCAGGCGAAAGGGCUACAGCCAUAAACACACUCAUUCCAAAAUAACAACAAACCGGGCGCGGCAAUAAAUUUUUUUUUGGCAAUUUGCCGAGAUGUAACUUUUUUUUCUUAAUCCCAUUCAACAAAUUGCUUCAGUGAAGAGCACGGAGAACAGAAUGGAAAAGAAAGACCGUGACUGCUCUGGAAGGAUCUGUUAACGACUACUUGUACUUUCAGCUUUCCUAGGUCUACUUUUCUAAGGAAUUGACAGGUGUCAACGCCAAACGUCUCAACGGACCCCAGAAUGGGUAUUAAGAAGCUUGCCAUCUUUCUCCUGGUCCUCUGUCUUUGUCUAGAGGGAGGAUCUGCCAAAGAAAAAGGAACAAAGAAGGGAAAGAAAAAAGGGAAACAGGUUUACUGUCCAUCACAGCUGUCAUCUGAGGAUCUGGCCCGAGUCCCUGCGAAUUCAACCAGUAACAUCUUGAACAGGUUACUGAUCACCUAUGAUCCCAGAAUAAGGCCCAACUUCAAAGGAAUUCCUGUGGAAGACAGAGUGAACAUUUUCAUCAACAGUUUUGGCUCCAUUCAGGAAACGACCAUGGAUUACAGAGUCAACAUCUUCCUCCGGCAGCGCUGGAACGACCCCAGGCUGAAGCUUCCGCAGGACUUCAAGUCUGAUUCUCUCACUGUUGAUCCCAAAAUGUUCAAAUGUCUCUGGAAACCUGACCUGUUCUUCGCUAACGAGAAGAGCGCCAACUUUCACGACGUUACCCAGGAGAACAUUCUUCUCUUCAUUUUCCGUAAUGGAGACGUCCUCAUCAGUAUGAGGUUGUCCGUCACCCUUUCUUGUCCUCUGGAUCUGACGUUGUUCCCUAUGGACACACAGAGGUGUAAAAUGCAACUUGAAAGCUUUGGCUACACCACAGACGACCUGCAAUUUAUGUGGCAGACAGGAGACCCAGUGCAAAUGGACGCCAUCGCUCUGCCACAGUUUGAUAUCAGACAGGAAGAUAUUGAUUAUGGGAACUGCACCAAAUUCUAUGCAGGAACAGGGUACUACACUUGUGUAGAGGUUAUCUUCACCCUGAGGCGACAGGUUGGCUUCUACAUGAUGGGUGUUUACGCCCCCACACUGCUCAUCGUAGUCCUCUCCUGGCUGUCUUUCUGGAUCAACCCUGAUGCGAGUGCCGCCAGGGUCCCUUUGGGCAUUCUCUCGGUGCUCUCUCUGUCCUCUGAGUGCACCUCCUUGGCUUCAGAGCUGCCCAAAGUGUCCUACGUCAAGGCCAUUGACAUCUGGCUCAUCGCUUGCCUACUGUUUGGUUUUGCCUCGCUGGUGGAGUACGCAGUGGUUCAAGUGAUGCUCAACAGCCCGAAGCGCAUCGAGGCAGAGAAGGCCAAAAUAGCAUCCAAGGAGAAGGCUGCGGGAAAGAGCCCCGCUGCCAGGAACAACACGGUCAACGGGACCGGAGGGACACCGCUUCACGUCAGCACCUUGCAUGUGGCAGAAACUCGCUGUAAGAAGGUGUGUACCUCUAAAUCAGACCUGCGGACCAACGACUUCAGCAUUGUGGGCUCACUCCCACGGGACUUUGAGCUGUCGAACUUUGACUGCUACGGGAAGCCCAUCGAUACCAGCUCUGGUCAUGGAAAAUCCCAGGCCAAGAACAACAAGAAACCUCCUCCUCCGAAACCAGUCAUCCCCUCUGCUGCCAAAAGAGUUGACCUGUACUCGCGAGCCCUCUUCCCUUUCUCCUUCCUCUUCUUUAAUGUGAUUUACUGGUCCAUAUACUUGUGAUUAUCUUCACGUCUUAUCUUGUAUUAUCAAUCCCCCACUUCACUCCCAUGAGUUCUUUCUUGAUCUGAUUAUAUUCAAAAAGUUUAAUUCCAAAGUGAAUGUUGAGAAUUGUGAAUCUUACCCAUGAUUGCUGAGAAGAAAACUAUGUAUUAUUAUUAAUAAUAUUAUUAUUAUUACAUUUAUCUUUACAUAAAAAAAGCCAACUAUCAUUAUUUGUGAAUGAAACAAUAAUUAUAACUUGUUUUCUUUCUUUACCUAAAAUGGAUGUAUAUCAUCUUGUAUUGAAAUACUUAAUUUAUUGAUAAUGGUACUUGUGAGGCUAAUACAGGUGUAAACAAAUCCACAAAGAUUGAUUGCAUAACGACCAAGCAGAAGAUGCACAGAUCUGUAAAAGAGCAUUUGUAAAUAGCUAUUUGAGUUUUUGCACUUGCCAAGUGGGAGUCUGUUAAGUUAGCAUUAAUUUUAUUUAAGCCUCAAUGCAAAGUGUAACAUUGUAAUUACUUUGCAUGUUAAAAGCAAUGCAUGUUUAUGAAGAUUAUAUAUAUAUAUGUGUGUGUGUGUGUGUGUGUGUGUGUGUGUGUGUGUGUGUGCGUGCAUGCGUGCGUGUGUGUGUAUAUAUAUAUAUAUAUAUAUAUAUAUAUAAAGUUAUACUUAUGAUUUGCUCUAGAGAUGAUACGUGGAUAUGUAAAACACUGUUCCUGUCCAGAUGGUCAUGUGACACUGCCACUCCUCAUACAAAUGUAAAGUUUGUCAUCUCUCACCUGUAAUUGUGUAAAUGGGUCACUAGUGUGCUGUGGCCAUGUGUUUGUGAAAUUUACAAGCAUAGAAAAAUAAAUGUUCAAAUUACUUUUCCACCA